CGAUACGACGCGCGUCACGUGCCGUCAACCGCGACCAAUAGUCGCGCGCGGGCGGCAGCGGGGCCAGCGCGGGGACUGCAGAGGGCGGCCGCUCUCCACCAACCCACAGUACACGAGGAGCAGUCGCGCGGGGUAGACGUGCGUCGCGCGCUCUCCCAUCCACACGAGUUUCUCCGAAAACCGGUCCGAUGCAUCGUGACAUGUUAAAGUGUGCAGUGUCGCCACAAUGAGUGCGUGGACUGAGGAAAUGUUGUCCUGGCGGGACGAACGGCUUGGCCUUACCGAGUUACCGAGCACGACGACGAGGAGAAAACAUCGUAGCGCGCCUUACAGACUACACCGGCCGCAUUUGCCUUCCGCUCACGUGUCCGAGCCCCCUACUGAGCCUCAGGGAACUCACAUCUCGAGGCUGUAUCCAGAGUUGUUGGCGCUUAUAUUUGAAAGACUACCGGUGCGAGACAGGGGCCGAGCUGCACAAGUUUGUCGCGCGUGGAGGGACGCAGCUGAUCGAAGAUCUGUUUGGCGUGGCGUAGAAGCCGCUCUGCAUCUACGGAGACCUGCUCCUGUACUGUUUGCAUCCUUAGCUAGACGUGGAGUAAGAAAAUUACAAGUAUUGUCACUUAGAAGAGGCUUAAGAGACGCAGUCGCAUCUUUACCUGGGCUAGAAUCGUUGUCUUUGAGUGGAUGUUACAGCGUCACUGACGCAGCACUAGCCAGCGCGUUUGCUGCCGAACUGCCGGCAUUGAAAAGACUUGAUUUAUCACUUUGCAAACAGGUAACGGACUCUUCGCUCGGAAGGAUCGCUCAAUCGUUAAAGAACUUGGAAGAACUAGAGCUAGGCGGUUGCUGCAACAUUACGGAUACAGGUCUGCUGCUAAUAGCAUGGGGACUUAGGAAUCUCCGUCGAUUAAACCUGCGGUCGUGUUGGCACGUUAACGAUGCCGGAAUCGCCCACCUGUGCGGCGGAGGGGAAGCCAGGGGAACUCCAGAACUCGAGCAUUUGGGCUUGCAAGAUUGCCAAAGGUUAACAGAUGAAGCAUUGAGACACGCCGCCACAGGUCUUCCUAAACUUAAAUCCAUAAAUCUGUCUUUCUGCGUAGCCGUUACCGAUGCGGGCUUGAGGCAUUUAGCGCGACUGCCGCAUUUAGAAGACGUUAAUUUAAGGGCUUGCGACGGAGUGUCCGACGCUGGUGUCGCCCAUCUGGCCGAGAGCGGAAGAUUGAGGGCUCUCGACGUUUCGUUCUGUGAUAAAGUUGGAGAUGAAGCGCUAUCGCAUGCGACGCUGGGCUUGUCCGGGCUGCGUUCGUUAUCUCUAAGCGCUUGUCGGCUAACGGACGAAGGCUUGGAGAGGGUCGGCCGGUUAUCGCAGCUAGAAACUCUCAAUAUAGGACAAUGCACGAAGGUCACAGAUAGAGGCCUCCGGGCGCUCGGCGAGGGUCUGCGGAACUUGAAGGCGAUAGAUUUGUACGGUUGCACGGGCAUAACUCCGCAAGGCUUGGACCAUAUCGUGAAGUUGCCUCGGCUCAGUGUACUUAACCUCGGUCUGUGGCAUGUGCGGUGACCACACACGCGCUAGUUGUUGUGUAUGUGUGCGUGCGACGGCCAUGUUGAAGCGAACAAGCGCCAAGGUUGUAUACUAUUGACAAUGAAUAAAGGAAUUAACCAAUUUUAUGAUAUUAAUGUCGAAUAAUUAUUUUAGGAAACGGGGUUACUUUCUUUAGUGUUUUUUUUUGUGGCAUGCUUGUGUUGACGCUUAACUAUUAUUACUCGAUUGGUGCUUCUAUUUUACAAUUUACGUUCCGCUAAGAAAGUUACCCCGACGCCUAGUCCCAAUAUUGAGACGGAUCUUUUCGAACGAAGCGCUUAUUGAAUUUGCUUUUUUGUUUACGAUCGGAUGUUGCUUGUUCUGUUUGUUGUGUAAUGUUUGACGCGUCAUUAUUAACUUUUUGUUUUAAGUUUGAAAAGAUCAGUCCCUUAAUAAUUCUGCUCCAUUAGCUAGGUAGAUAUUUGGCCAUUCUUCAAAUUAAUUAUGCGCCUACGAUCCGACCUAAGAGCGUUAGUGAAAUUUCAUGCCUUGUUUAUUAUAAGUUUAAGAUUUAUAGAUUUUUACAAUGAGCAUAUACGUUGGGAGACGCGAAAUAUCUAAACGAGAAUCAAAAGUAAGAUUUACGGUUGAUUUUAAACGGUUUUGUUUUUUUGAGAACUCUUAUGAUGACUCAUACUUAUGCAAUAUCCGUAUUAGGUAAUCGGUUUAUAAAAACCAGAGCACUUUUAUGAAGAACGAUGAAUUUUACAACGCUUCCAUGAUAAAAUUAUUAAACGAAAUAUAAAGACUACCUAAAAUCAUUUACUUGGUUCAUUUAAAAUUAUUAUUCACUGAACUGACUAAAAUAAAAAAAAAACAGGUUGUAAUCAUAGUAACAGUACUCUUUGCUUAAAAACGAGUGAUUAUAUUUUGGCGUCAAUAUUUAUUGCGAUUUUAAUUUGUCUCCUUCGUUUUGAUAACAGGUAUUUUAUAUCACAAAAAAAAACCUGUAAAGAAAUCGUGAAUUUCCGACAGAAUUAUUUAUAAAUAGUCGUUGACGCAACAUUGAAUUAAUAUGAACGAGUUAUUACCUACAAUGUUCCACCAAAAACACUUAAAUAUUCAAAUUAUUAUCAAAAUGUCGCCUCAUAACAAGCUCAAUAUAGGUAUACAAGUAACCUUUCUAUAACACGGUAGAUAUAUUUAUACAAAGUCCCGCGUUGUGAAAAAUAGUGUUAUAUAAGACUAAAAAGAAUAGUAAUUUGUCUGAAUGAAUCAUCUCAACUAUGCCCGUAUGUAUUUAUUUACUUAUUAAAAAUAAGCGGUAAAAUUUCGGUUAUUCCCUUAAAUGUUGGGUUCAUAAAGCAUAAUGUAUUUUUUUAAAGAAUUUUUAAACAAAAAUCUCGUGUUGUAGAAAUACCGUGUUAUAAGAAGAUUUUGGGGAAUUUUUUCCUUCCGUGUUAAAAUGGAACCGCGUUGUAAAAUAUCGUGUUAUAACAGAGCUACCUGUUAAAUGCAUUGUCAUUAUUGCUCUAGAUUGGAGAACAAUUUUUAUUCACAAAAAGUACUAAGUAAUCGAUUUGUUGUUUCUUAACGAUAAGUAAGAUAUAUUUUUAUUCAAUAUGUGCUUAAAUGUUUUCGUCUCCCAAACCUCGGAGGAUCUCUUUAAUUACGUAAUUAUUUUUUUUGAUAUUAUAAUUAGUAUUUUUUUUUCUUUGUUAUUUUUGUACGUGUCCGCUCUGAGGUUAAAUCGGAGGCCUCGAGAAAAGUGGAUGUUGUUUUGUAUAAAACAAAAAAAAAAAAAGUGUAAUAUACGAAGAUGUAUUAAAAGUCAUCAUUUAAGUUACGAAAUUA